UCGGGCAUCUGCCAUGCCGAGGUGGCAGCUAAUCUUUUGUAUAUAUCUAUGAGAUAUGUCUGAAAAUAUGUGUGUCCGAUUGUAGGUUUGAUAAUGCGUGACAGCCAGCCAUUUCACAUGAGAGCGCUGGUUUCCCCUACUAAGAAAUUGCUCACAGGGCUGUAAUGUUAUAUAGCAGGAAGGCUGCACACGGGGAUUUCCUCGCUUGCUUGUUUUGUAGGCGGGGAGUUGUUUGCCAGUUUCACAAGCAAGCGUUGUAACGUUGGAGACAGGGCUGGGGAAUGUCAAAACUGUGUAACUAGGUUGCCAUUGUAAUAAGUACACAGUUUUCCAAUACGUCUUGUGUCCAUUAUUGGGCUUCUCGGUGGUUUGUCAACUCAUGCGCUUCUUGCCUUUCAAACCUGCUGCUUCAUCACCUCGUGAACAGGAGGAAGAGCGAGCCGAAGCAGCGGUUUAACGAGAUCAGACCAGCCAGCGGCGCAGGUGGACACGGCUCUCGUGGCAUGACUACCACAAACAAGGGAAACAAGGCCUUGAAGGUGAAGCGGGAGCCAGGGGAGAAUGGCACCAGCCUGACAGAUGAUGAGCUGGUGACCAUGUCAGUGCGGGAGCUGAACCAGCACCUACGAGGCCUGACAAAGGAGGAAAUACUGCAGCUAAAGCAGCGGCGGCGCACCCUGAAGAACCGGGGCUACGCCGCCAGCUGUAGGGUGAAGCGAGUCACCCAGAAAGAGGAGCUGGAGAAGCAGAAGGCUCAGCUGCAACAGGAGGUGGACAAGCUGGCCACAGAGAAUGCCAGCAUGAAGGUGGAGCUGGAUGCUCUGCGUUCUAAGUACGAGGCCCUCCAGAGCUUUGCCAGGACUGUGGCCCGCAGCCCCGUCACCUCAGCCAGGGGGCCCAUGGCCUCGGUCAUAGGGCCCCUCAUCCCUGGCAAAGUGGCUGCCACCAGUGUCAUCACCAUCGUCAAAUCCAAAACGGAGGCCAGGUCAUAGUAGCAGAAAGUAUGGCACAGCAAAUUAUCAGACUAAAAUAUCGUCAGUGCAUCGUAACGGGGCACAGGAUUAACUACCUGUCUCAAUUCUCAGUUUUAUCUCUUGACGUCUUGGCACCAACACUAACAGUUUGCUUGGCCAAUUCGCUCUUUCACUCUAACUCAGCAGUCUGCACCUAUAGAACAAAAGUGUUGUGAGCUAGGGCUGCACGAUUAAUUGUGUAGAACUGUGUCACAUGAUUUAGGUUUCCAUAAUUGUUCCUCAUGGUUUUGAGAAUAUUGAUUAAGAUGAGAAUAAUUGUAACUGCAAGAUCUUGCAAAAUGAUUGAUCAUUUUUGGCAUAACUGUGCAGCCCUAGCUUACACACAGAAUGUACAUGAGCUUUAUCUUUCACACCAGUUUUCAUGAGAUUUCACGUGAACCUAGAGGAAUUGUUGAUGCCCAAUCGGUAGUUUUUGUGUUUGUGGCAUCAAAGUCAAAGUGUUGAUUGAUAGGUUCUUGUUUUUGGAUGUGGUAUAUGGUGUGUUUGUUGUUUGUCAGAUAUUGGCCUCUCACGUCUCUUCCGUCCUAAGAAUCAAUUUGUGUGCACUGUCUCACAGCUGAUCGCAACCAAUCAAAUCACAAGCAGAAGGUAUUACAACUUGCCCAUUCCACUACAUUGAUUAACAAGAGAACCAGCACUUAUCCCGCUGUGAAACCCUUUGCUUGUUAUUAUGCACUGACUUCAAUUAGGACGAGUAACAAAUGGUCUCUCUCCCUAGGUAUGAAUGCUACGGAUGUCCUGAAAACAGCCUGACUAACCCAAAACUAGUAAAUUAGUCCAAUUUGUGAUUUUGUUGGUUGUCUGUCAAGAAUAUAAACAUGAAAUAAUGCUCCCAAAUCCAGCAUUCAUCUCUGUUUAUGCAUCUGACAGGCUUUAAUUAACUUGUCAUUAUCGAUAUGACUAGUAGAUGCAAUAAUAUACAUAUGCACUGAAAAUACAAAGAGGUCUUGCAUAUUUAUGGUAAGUGGAAAUGUUUAAAAUGAUCAGCAGUUUUAAAUGGUAUUGUUCCAGAGCUGAGUGCCAUUCCAAUAUGACAAGAUUCUUCUCCAAAAUCUGAAUGUUAUUACAGUAAUAUCCUCAUUUUAUGUGGGGACAGUGUAAUCCGCAAACAUUUUGAAACAUAAUUUUUGCUCAUAGAGAAA